AUGUUAAGAAAUAAUGUCUUGAUUGAUGAAAACGUUUCACCUUCGCCUCCUCAACUUUCUGUAUUAAUAGAUAAAGAAGAGGAAGAAGAAGUAUUGUCACAAGUUACCCCAGUUACAAUUACUAAUGUUCAGACAGAAAUAUCAAAGAUUUUAAUAAGACGGAAAGAGAUAUUAAAAAACUUAUAUCACGUAAAUACAUUACAUGGAACAACUGGUAUUACAGUUGGAACUAUAGGUCAUCAAAUAUCUAACACAAAUUGGAGACUGAGAUCAUGUCGGAUCUUUUUUAACAUAUUAAAACAAAAUAAACCUGUUACAGAAUUAGCUUUUUGA